AUGGUUAAGGUCGGUAACCAAGGUUUGGAUGACAGAUACAUCCGCUUGCGGUCGCAUAGAAUUUCACGUCCUGUGGUGUCGGGAUUGCGUCAGUCUCAUUCGAUCACGUUUUCGAGACCCGGUUUUCGACCAGGUUUCCACGUUUGGUUUCGGUCUACGAAGAAGCUAUGGCAAAAAACAAAGACACAAAUCAUUACGAAUGCGACCAACCCGAAAGGUAAAGUUAACACCGUUGUAUAGCUAAUUUGUACAUAUAAAUAUUUCUUUCUUGUGGUGAUUGUUGAUCCUCGCGUUGUUUCGCCAGGGAAGAUGCAUAUUCCACGUUGUCGCCAUUUUCCUAUGCAAGACAACAAGGGCUACAACCCUCCCCGUACAAUCAACAGUUCAUGCCGCAGCAAUACUGUUCCACCAAUGAUGUCCUCGAUGCAGAUGAUGGCACCAUUCACUCAUUCGCCUGGCCAUGCGGUUCAGGCUUCGCAGUUUUCGGAUCCGCCUACAUCGAGUCAAGAAAACGCAGAAAACGGAGCGCAAAGGAAAAAAAAUCGAUGGACUGACACCGAAGAAAAGAUUCUAAUUGAACUGUUCGGCGAGAACGAGGAUAAACUUCGCUACCGGUCGUUCAAUUCCCCGGAGUGGCAGUCUAUCGCCAGGCAACUGCAAGAAAGGUGCAGACGAGAGAACGUCGAAAGCGAGAAAUCUGCCCAGCAGUGCAAAAAUAAAAUGGCAAACCUCACCAAAAAGUACAAGAACGUGAAAGAUAAACUAAGGACCACUGGAUAUGGAAAGGGAGGAGACGACGAACACGAAGACAAGGAAACCGAGAGUGGAACUGGGCUCAUACCAAGAAAUUUUCACGAUAUAGAUAACAUUUUAGGCCACCGAGAAGCUGUUAAUCCCAAGCACGUGCUGGAAAGCAGCUCACAACACGUCGACAGUUCCCCUGAAAUUGAUCAAGAUUUGCUGGAAAAGGAGGCCUUAGAUGAGGAGAUGUGGGCAGCUGCUCGCGCCCAAAAGGAGAGGGAUACGCCUGGCACGUCUGGCGCUGAUGGCUCUGAAGAAGAGGACGCAGAUCUGGCUUUCGCGAAAUCACUGUUCUUCAAGAACAAAAGCGGAAAAAGGAAGGGCCCGAGCACGAGCACACCCAAUCCAAAGAGUCGCGCGGUAGAAUUGGCGAAAUCGGCGAAAAAGAAUCCUAGAAAGAAGACCAAAGGUGGGGCUGGCGCAGAGGAACAAAGCGCAGUCCUUUCGUUCCUUGAAAGGGCACAAGAAAAGGAUGAGGCCUUUAUGGAGAGGAUGGCCGAGGCAGAAAGG